GUACCCCUUGACCCGCAACCUAUCCCGCCGCAACCCCAGGCAACCGACCGACGCGGUAGACAGGUCAAACGUCCGGUCCGUUUUUCCGAUUUUGUAAGCGUUUGCUAUUUCCAUUAACACGCCUUUUUCGUCUUUAAUGGUUAUCCUGCGUCUCACCCACAAACGUUUUGCAAAAUCGACAAAAAAAACCCAAAACAUUUUGAAAACCUAAAAAGCGUAUUUGCUUUUAUCAUACAUGCCAUGUUCCCUCUCCGGCGUCAAGCCACUUCCCCGACCCUUGCCAACCCCCUCUGAGUUUUACUUUCCAGAAACUCAACCGCCGGAACUGCCCAGGCAACCCUCGAGUGACUCGCCAACCGGCUCAACGCAACCCUGGAGUGACUCGCCAGCCGUCCCAAAGCCCCCUUCCUCAUCCAAGGAACAGACAGUCGCCCUCGACCGCAGACACCCACGAACGGAUUGGUCCCAAAACGCCGCCCAGGCAUUGCCGACGAAGACGCCGGAUUCCUUCGUGGGGCGAGGACGCCCGCAUACCUUCGUGGGACGAGGACGCCCGGAUUUCUCCGUGGGACGAGGACGCCUGGAUUUCUUCGUGGGACGAGGACCGUGGACUAAAGUGCGGUGGGGGAGUGACACCUCCCAAGCGCACCGUCGGGUCUGCAGCAAAGGGAAGGUCCUGUCGGCCUUUUUUCUGGACUAGCCAGUUUUUUUGCAGUCCGACCAGCCCGCCCCGACGGCCCACCGAUGAUGCACUCUGGUCCACACGAUCGGCAUAAAUAAUAACUAACAAAGGCUGGACCCAGCGAAAUCUGCUACACAACCCACUUUGGAAACUCUUACUCAAACCUCUGCAAAUAUUCACAUCCCCCUCACCUUCCAUUUUCCCCCACUAACAGCUCUAUCGAAGGCUUCCAUCCUUCAGCCUUCUAGGGGGAGGCCCUUGUAGUGCAACAGAAAACAUGCUCUUUCAGUAUCUUGUAACAUUGGAUUUUAUGGUUGUUUUAACCUUCGAAACGUCCAUUUGUUUUACUGACUGCACGUCCGUUGUCACAAACCGUUUUGGUGAGUUCCUCGCUGCACGUUUCUCGCUCUGUCUGAUUCGCUUCCUAUUCUUGUAGCCUGCACAAUACACGUUGGGUUCAGU